UUCCAGUCGCCAGAUAAAAUGUUUUUCUUUAGGAUAAUGAUGAUGAUAAUAUCUUUCUUGUUAUUUUAAUAUAUAAUUUAAUGCUUAACCCCUGGUUUGGUUACCAUGAGAAUCACGAUAAAAUACAAGCAUAUGAUCAUUUUGUUUGUUUCUGUUUGUUGAUUCAACAAGUUGCAAUCAUCUAUCGCGCCCAUUUCAUAGUUGCUAAAUUUUUAUGAUAAUAUUUAUCGUCAACGAUAGAUGCCGCUUUCUCCAAAAAAAACAUUCAAUUCAAUCCAAGAUCCAUGCUUGCAGUGAUCCAAUCCAACCGAAACUCGUAUAAACUGUAAUAUUCAUACCAGGCGCAUGUUUGGAUGUGGACUUUUCAGAAUAUGAACUUUGAUUUUAUUUGUUUCUUUCAACCAUAUGAUUCUACCUCUUUCAUUCCAUUCUAAAUGGAUCGUCCAUUGUAUUUUGAAACGAUAACCAAAUGUAAAAAAACUCGUGCCCGUGUUGGCCGUCUCCUACUGAAAUCUACCAGUGAAUUUGGUAAAGAUGUUGAAAUUGAGACACCAAUUUUUAUGCCCGUUGGAACUAGUGGUGCAAUGAAAUCAGUGAUGCCCGAGGAAUUGGAACAAACUGGAUGCCGAUUGAUGUUAUGCAAUGCAUAUCAUCUAGCUUCACAACCCGGCGCUGAUGUUGUCAAUCGAAUUGGCCGUGGAGGUUGUCAUGGAUUCAUCCGUUGGCCGCAUGCCAUUCUCACAGAUUCCGGUGGAUUUCAGAUGGUUUCGCUCAGUAAACUCAUGUCAAUCAAUGAAGAAGGUGUUCGUUUCGAAUCACCGUACAAUGAAGGCGAAAUAUUUUUAUCACCUGAAGGUUGCAUGGAAAUACAACAUAAACUCGGCUCAAACAUUAUGAUGCAAUUGGAUGAUGUCGUUUCAGCUACAGCUCAAGAUGAUCGACGUUUUGAAGAGGCGUUGUAUCGAUCAAUUCGAUGGUAUGAUCGUGCCCGAAAAUAUCAUCAUGAAACUGGUCGCGAUCAAUUGCAAAAUCUUUAUCCAAUCAUUCAAGGUGGUCUAGAUGAAUCCUUUCGACGAAUAUCGGUCAGAGAGCUUGUUGCACGUGAUCCACCAGGUAUCGCGAUCGGUGGUUUAAGUGGUGGUGAAGCUAAAGAAGAUUUCAUUAAAAUGGUAGCCAUAAGUACUGAAAAUUUACCCGAUUCGAAACCUCGAUAUUUGAUGGGAGUGGGAUAUGCUGUCGACAUGUUAUUAUGUGUUGCACUUGGAUGUGAUCAAUUUGAUUGUGUUUAUCCCACACGUACUGCUAGAUUUGGAACGGCAUUAGUUGGCUUAGGCAAGCAAUUAAAUCUGUCCAAUCAGCGUUACCUUACAGACAAAUUACCAGUUUGUCCGGAUUGUGAUUGUUCAACAUGUUUAACUGUAAAUCGAAGCUAUCUUUGUCAAUUGUUCAGAAGUAAAAAUUCAAUAGCCUGUCAGCUGUUGACCAUUCAUAAUCUAAGGUUUCAGAUGCGUUUCAUGGAAAUGAUUCGUUCAGCUAUCAAAGAACAACGAUUUGAACAAUUUAUUAUCGAUACUCUUCGCUAUAAUGUUGGAACAAAUUAUAAUGACUAUCCUGAAUGGAUUCGAAUCGCUCUAGAUAUUCUUCAAAUCGAUUUCAACCGCUAAUGAUUGAUAUUUCAAAGAAUAUUGAUUAUUCUCAUUAUGGAUAUUAUUCACUGUGCUAUUCGUAUCGAUACGUGGCAAGAAUUCAUCAUCGGAAUCAUAAUCAUCAUCA